AUGGUCAAAGCAGUCGUCGCAGGAGCUUCCGGUGGCAUCGGCCAGCCGCUCUCGCUUCUCCUCAAGUCAUCCCCGCUCAUCGACGAGCUCGCCCUCUACGAUGUCGUCAACACCCCCGGUGUGGCCACCGAUCUGUCCCACAUUUCCUCCCCCGCGAAAGUCACGGGUUACCUGCCCAAGGACGAUGGCAUGAGGCACGCUUUUACCGGUGCCGAUAUCGUCGUCAUCCCCGCUGGCAUUCCCCGCAAGCCCGGAAUGACGCGUGACGACCUCUUCAAGAUCAACGCUGGCAUCGUGCGCGAUCUUAUCAAGGGUGCUGCCGAAUACUGCCCGGAUGCCUUCUUCUUGAUCAUCUCCAACCCCGUGAAUUCCACGGUUCCCAUCGCCGCCGAGGUCCUGAAGGCGGCCGGUGCUUUCAAGCCCAAGAAGCUUUUCGGUGUCACCACCCUUGAUGUUGUUCGUGCUGAGACGUUCGUUGCCGAAAUCACGGGCGAGAAGAACCCCUCCCAGCUCAACAUUCCCGUCAUCGGCGGCCACUCCGGAGAGACCAUUGUCCCUCUUUUCAGCCAGGCUAGCCCGAAGGCCGACAUUUCGUCGGACAAGCUCGACGCUCUGGUCAACCGCGUCCAGUUCGGUGGCGAUGAAGUCGUGAAGGCAAAGGACGGCGCCGGCUCUGCGACGCUGUCCAUGGCUUUCGCCGGUUUCCGCUUCGCCGAGAAGGUCCUCAAGGCCGUCAAGGGCGAGAGCGGCAUCGUCGAGCCUUCCUUCGUCUACCUGCCCGGUGUUGAGGGCGGCUCUGAGAUCGCAAAGGCGACUGGCUGCGAUUUCUUCGCCGUCCCUGUUGUGCUCGGCCCCAACGGUGUUGAAAAGGUCAAGAACGUGGUCAGCGACGCCAACGACUACGAGAAGAAGCUCCUCGAGGCGUGCUACAAGGGCCUCAAGGGCAACAUUGAGAAGGGCAUCGACUUUGUCAAGAACCCCCCCUCCAAGUAG